AUUUGAGAAUUUAAAAGGUUAUACUGUCAAAAUAUUUGAACAGUCGUGUCUUAUUCCAAGACAGCAACGUCUCGUGAGCUCCCUCUAAUCAUCCUUAUUAGCUCCCUAACUUCGUCUUCUUUUUGGCUCAAAACCUUGCUUGAGGAGGACGAAUUCUGGAAGACAGCACAGGCGUUCGUUAUGUACAGAGAGCGAGGAGUGGGAUCUAAAUCGGAGGUAGCUUCCGCUGAUCAGAAGCAAAUCAACGACGUCCUCGAUGAACUGCUCGAACGAUUCUCGCCGUCCACAUCCAGAGCCGCCGGCAUCAACGGCAAAGACCGCUCAUCCUCCUCUUCCCUCUUAGCCGCCGCCAAGGACUCCCGCUGCGCCUCCGUCACCGCCCCUAUCUCCAAGAAUUCCAACGCAUCUGACGUAUUGCCUGCCACCCGCAAUGCAAAUAACCAGGGUAGAUGGGGGUUUGGCCGCGGUCGUUGGCAGCAAAAUUAUCAAAAUGAUAGAGGAGCCGACCUUCUUCCUCGACCUGGACCUUAUCCUCAGAGGCAGAAUUUUGGAUACGGAAAUAGGUUUCAGAAUGGUCUCCAUGAUAAGCGCUUUGUCUCUGAGUUGAAGCUUUCAAAGAGUGAAGAAACUCUUUCAAGAAAGUGCAUUGCUUUUCCGGUGCCUUGUGAAAUUGCCUGCUAUAGUCGUGUAGAAGGCGGAGAAGUACACUUCGAUGACCGUAGUUUGAGACUUUUUAAGCGCCAUAUUACUGAGGAUGUUGGAGCUGAUUUGAAUGAA